AUGUACAGAAGCAGCAGCAGCAACAGUAAGGCCGUGAGGGGAGAGGGGCGGGGAGGCAGCACUGGGAAACAGCCAGCGGCGAGAUGGAGGCGGACUCAGGUUCCGCACUCCAGCUGCUGGCGUCCCCCUGGUGUCGCGGUCCCCGUCGCCGAACCCCGAGGACGAGGAGCGGAUCACCGACGUAGAACUGUAGGAGGAGGAGGAGGCCGGCGUCCGGUCGGCAGGGCAGGAGGCCGAGGUGCCCACGAUCGACCUGGUCUCAGAAGAGGAGGAGGACACCGGGACGGAGACGGUGAGUCCGGAGGUUUCCUCAGACGAGGAGGACGAGCCACGUCGGGCGGCGAAGGCCCGGAUGGCAUUCCAGAGAAUACGGAGGGCCGCAGCCGGAUUCGGGCGGAUCCGCUUGGGCGACGCAGCGCCAUCGGGCCGCCCGGAGGAGGCGAAGCGGAUAUUCGCAACCCGGGCGGAGGUCACGGGCAGUCGCCGCAGCCAGAGAGUGGCAAAAGCGGCUGGAUGAGGCUGAGGCCGAAGAGGCCGCGGGGAGCACCACCGCCAUCACCAUCGCCACCGCCACCGCCGUCGCCGCCCCGGGCAGCAACACCGCCACCACCGUCGCUGCCCCGGGCAGCAACACCGCCACCCCGGGCAGCAACACCGCCACCACCGUCACCGCCGCAGGCACCUCGGCACGGAGCAGGAACACCGCCGCCUCCACCGCUGCCGUGGGUGCUCACGCCAUCGCCGCGGCCAACAAAACGGCUCGGCGUAGACCCGGAGGGUCUGGAGAAGGGACCCUGGGUGUGGCCGCCGCCAGGGGAGCCGUCAUGCCCGGAGCCUCGGUGCCCUCCAGCAAGGCCGCGUAUGAGUCGCCAGCAGUCGGCGGACAGCAGCCGCAGGGAGGAGGUGGCCGAGGGAGGGUGGCCGCCGAGGGUGGCAUCCGAGGCUGGCAGGCAGGUGCAGAGGGCUCGGAGCAGUCGCUGGGCCAAGUUAAUAGUGGUGGAUGGCGUCCGCUACCGCAUCCGGGUGGCAAGCGGGGUAGUAAGGGUCUUGAGGGCCCAAUAA